AUGGUUUCUUUAACUGAAGUGAAUGUGAAGAUGGAGACAAUGGAGAAGCGGCUUGAUGGCAUUGAAAAGAGCCAACGUGUUUUAAAAGAGAAAGCUAAGAAGACGAGAGCAAUGGAGAAGAGGCUUAAUGCCACUGAAAAAAGCCAAAGUGUCAUGAAAAGGAAGAUUGUGAAAAUGGCAUGGAAACUGAAGGGAAUGAAGGAGUAUGCCGUUGAGAAAGGCCAAGACAUUGAGAAAGGCCAAGAAGACAUGGGUUUUGACAACCUGGACAUGGGUUUUUACAACCAGGACUCUAACAGAAAAGGCGCUGAGGAAAAGGAAGAAGAACAGGCUCGGACAAAGGAUGCAGAAAUGGUUGAUGCAACACAAGACCAAGAAACUCAGGUUCAAAAAGAGGUUGAAGAAGAGGUUGAAGAAGAGGUUCAAGAAGAGGUUCAGGAAGAAGAAGAAGAAGAGGUUGAAGAAGAGAUCAUUGAGGCCCGGUUUGGAGAAGCUGAGAAAGAGCCCGAGGAAGCUGAGAAAGAGCCCGAGGAAGCUGAGAAAGAACCCGAGAAAGCUGAGAAAGAACCCGAGGAUGAAGAGUGUAUGAACUACACGGAGGAAGAGAAAGCAGGAUGGAUUCUUACCAUUUUCAAGAGCUUUGAUGGAAUUUUUUCAUUUUCAAGAGCUCGUUUUGUGGAUGGAACCAGUGGAACUCCUGCUCAUGUGGAUCACGUGGAUGGAACUCCUCCUGCUCAGAUGGAUGGAACUCCUCCUGCUCAGACGGAUGGAACUCCUCCUGCUCUUGUUGUGACUCCUCCUACUCCUGGCACACCACUACGUGGUAGGACUAAGGCAAUGGCCUCAAAAAAAGGAGGAGUAAAUUCACCAGCAACUGGUAGGAGAAAGCCUCUUAAUCCACAUAAGUUUACGACGCCACCACCGGAAAAAAGGGUACGUGUACCAUCACAGUGGCUUUCCUCUCCAUUCAUGGAAGUGAAUACUGAAGAGAUAGAAGGGCCGAAGAAGAAGCCUAAAACCAAGCCUUAG